AUGGCAGAUCUUCCGGAUUCCAUCGAGUUCUCCGCUACCGACUCAUCGCCUUCCACCGGUACCGGUCGAACGAUCGUGUUGCGGGACCUGCGGCGCCUCGACCCGUCCUCCAUCCCCGCUGAGGCUCUCCGCUCAACCGUAGACGAGCACUUGGCGCUACUCCAAGGAUCAGUGCAAGCGAUCCAGGACGUCGCUAUCCACUUGCGGUACCUCCGUAACACUAAAGCCCUUGUCAACCGCCUCCCUUCCGAGGUCCUCGUCCGCGUGUUCUCCUAUUCCGUAUCCACCUCGCCCAACGAGCACGACCUGGUCAAUGCCACCCAUGUCUGCAAGUGGUGGCGCGAGGUCGCACUGGACUACUCUUGGCUUUGGUCGACCCUAUCUGUCACUACUAUCCACAAGGCGACUACUUUCCUCCGACGUGCGAAAGACAAUCUCAUCGCCAUUGUAAUUCGUGAGAGCGCGCUCGUACCCCCAUUUGCACCAACGCUGCGGCAUCUCAUCCCACGGCUUCUGUCGCUCGUCAUCGAGGUCCAGGACUCGACGUCAAUCAUUCCGAUCGUGAAGGGCCUCGCUCUCUGUGUCGCCCCCCAUCUGGAGACUUUCCAUGUGGUGGGAGCGUUCGCAGAAGCACACGAAGGUGAAGCGGCCCUCAGAUUCAACGCACAAGGCGCGGCGACAUUGCGGCUCAGCCAAGGCUGGCUGUCAGCGGAUGCGGUACCCGCGACUCCGAAGCUUCGACAUCUUCGUCUACAUCCUAUCGUUAUCCCGUGGGGCUGGACGAUCUACUCGAAUCUCUCUGUCCUUGAGAUCGGGUGCAUACAUGCGGCCGUUCCGAUCAGCGAGAUGAUGCUCCUGACUAUCCUGCGACGGUGUCCCACGCUGGAGCGUCUUAACAUCGAGCUGCGACUCACCGCUCCUUUCGCCAUAUCCGAUGAUCCAACAUGGACUGUCAAGCUACCUUCGCUGUCCAAAAUCACGCUUCGCAGCCUUCCGCACACGCAAGUCGCGAAGCUCCUCACUCACCUCGUCCUCCCUGCGACCACUCAUCACGAGAUCUUCGGGUCCGCCGACGAUGUCUUGAGGCAGCCCACCGGUCCCCUGGAGCAAACUACCCGCCUGGCAGACUCGAAGGAUUUCCGCAUGGCCGAGGUUCUCAUCGGACACCCACACCGUGGCGACAUACUUUCGUAUUUCUUCAAGUCGGCGACGCGCAGUGGCCCCGCAGGUCUCCUCAUGACCCUUUACAUGCCCAGUAUGCUCGGGCUACGCGGCACCGUUCGUGCGAUUCAUGUCGGCAUUCCAGGCUCCGUCGACGUCCUCAGGCUCCGUGGGUGGGAGCAGGGGGUUCUGGAGGAGGAACUCGAUUGGAUCCCCGUCUUCCAGUCGCUCGUGUACCUCCGCAUUCUCCAUCUCAUGCACGUCGGAGGCGCUCAAGAGCUCGCCGGCAUGCUGAGGGGCCUCGGCCCUCUUGCGGUGAACGACGACUUGGAGCGCUACGGCGACUCUCCCGGCACGGGCUGGCCGUGUCCGGAGCUGGAGACCUUCGAGCUCGUUGGCGUGAUGCUCUCGGCGGAGGUGGAGACACUUGUCAUCGAGUGGCUGCGCCUUCGUGCAGGUGCCGGUAUUGCCCUCAGCACGGUGAAGCUCGCGCGGGUGGACGGGCCAUCCGGCACAUUCCUUCAAAACCUCCAGGAAUUGGGCGUCGCGGUCCAAGUCAUGGAUUCUCCCCCGGAGUGGUAUGCAGACACGAAGACAUUUACGGGUGAAUUCUAGCAAAUCGGUGGCUCCCCGUUCGGAGAGGUUGUGAUGCGUUCUUGAACGUCCCUGGAAUGUGAGAGUAGUGUGCUAGUUGCUUGAUAUGAAGAUAUACACAGCAUGGACGUGUGUAUUUACCGUGGCGUCCAGAGCUAAUUCAAGUCGUGUC